UUACUUUUCUUUUUGGGUCUAAAUAUUAUGGCUUUGAACCAUUACUUUCAAUUCACAUCCCUCCAGUAACUGUUCCAUUAAAUUCCCCAGAAUGAAGAUCAUCAACAGCGUUCUCCUCAUAUGUGGCCUCGCAUUCUUAGUGAUCUUUAUGUCUCUGUUGGAACCCCAGAACUUGCUGGGCACUGAAUAUGACGUUCGAGUCAUCAACGGCUUCACAAACAACUCGUCCCUGCCGCUGGUAAUCUGGUGUUCAUCGAAAGAGAAUGAUCUCGGUGGACGUGCGCUACAGGAGAAGGAUGACUUCAGUUGGAGGCUGAGGACCAACUUUUGGGGCACGAGUAACCAUUUCGUUUGCACGAUGAAAUGGGACAAAAAGCGGAAGCGCUUCGACGCCUUCAAGAUUCCGAGAGACGUUCAACGGUGUGGUCCUUUCCGGAAGUGCUCAUGGCUGGUGAGGGAGGAUGGGUUUUAUUUCAGCAACGAUGAAGUAAACUGGAAAAAGGACUUUUCAUGGUAGUAAUAAAAUUUUGAAAUGGCAAUUAAGGCCUCCACUCUAAAUCCGCCCUAUAUACAAUUGCUACGAACAAACAAACACUACCUGAAAUUUUUGAAUAUAUGCAUGAGUGGCAUUCACACACUGCAUGUGAGUGCAAGAGAGUUGUAUUGGUU